AUGGUUGUCAUCAAUCUUGACUAUAUCAUCCCUUACCACCCUUCACUUCCACUACAACCGCGCGCCUCAGGCUUUGAGGUCUUAAAGCCUUCAAACUUCCCCUUACCGCCACCUUCAAAGUCACAUCCUCUCCCACCUCGCCCUCCCCUACCACCUCGCCGUUGUCUUUUUUCACAGUCUGCCUCUCCUCCCCCACAAAGUCCUUCUUUAUCUGCAAUCUACCGCUCUUCUGAAUUAUUGGAAGCCGCCAAUGUCCCUGCACUUCCUGCGUCCAGUAUUGACAUACUACAAACAACUGAGAGAAACGAGUUUGACAAAGAGUUUGCCAAACUUGAUGCAACGACCCCUGAAGGCCAGCCCUGUCGCAACCCAUCCAUGGACAACGACAAAUACCAGCAAGAUGACGGUCGAGUUUCCUUAGAGAACAUAACAAAAGGAUGGAUUGGAGACAGUCCGCAGACUGCUCCCGCGCUGGCCCAUCUUACUUAUAAAGAGGAGGCAACAUCUCCACCGGAGCCGGUCAAUUCUGAGGUCUCACCAACACAUACAGCAUUGGUGGAUGCCCAGUCCAGAAAUGGUGUACUUGACGAACUGCCUACGGUUGAUCCGAAUGACGACUACAAUUCCACCAAAUCCUACAAUUCGUUGACAGAUAAUGUUACGACAGAUACUGCCGUAUCCGAGAUUGUAUCUCGUCAUGCUCCCAAGUGCCCUGAUUCAAUGACUGAGAACACGACCACGCCGACCGCGAACAACAUCCAGGCGAUCAGUUACUCAGCUACAGUAGAAGAAGAUUCGAUCCUGGCGCUGGCCGAACGUCAACAGAGCCUUCAUAAUGAGCACGAUACAUCCCCGGGGGAUGAAGAUGUGGCCCAGACCACCGUCCACCCAGUCAAUGAUACAGCAUCGAUCACCCGCGCCUCAUAUGCUCCUGAACAACCUGAGACAUGCGCAGUAUCAAAGUCAGGUUCGCAAAAUCUUUCAAAAAGUCCCUCUCAGUCGUAUUCCGUCUAUGUCGUUGUACCGGAACGCCCCUCAAUCAUAGCGACCACCGAGCAGACGAAGACCAGCUUGCAGACGUCGAGCAUGGCUAAAAGGAAGAGGAAUUCCGUAUCUCCAAGCGAUAUCGAUAGUGAUGACCACGGUGACAAUGAUUAUGCCGACGGAAAUGAAGAUGGUGAUGACAGUGACACUUUGCUGCGUCCCCAGAAGCGAUGGCGACGAGGGGUCACCAAGAGGCAAAGGACGGGCCAAGUACGACAGAAAACACAAAGCACCGCACAAAGGGAAACCGUUCUCUCUGACGAACCUCGGCAUCACUGUCAACCAACCGGACUUCAGGAUAUUGAAACUAUUCCUAUUAGGGGCUACUUGACGCGCCAGGUGCUCCUGUCUCGCGUGGUCUAUUCCUUUACUUUUGAAGAAGACACGAGGACGGAUCUUCUUCUCUCUAAUAAGUCAAGAAGGAGCCCGUCGCAGGACCAAGAUGAAGGCCGUCAGAGUGGAUUUAAGGCAUGCAGCACCAGUAAAUCCUCUGGUUGUACAACCGACAGGCGUGUUGCUGUCCUAUCCAAAGAGGACAAGCUUUUAAUGAAAUUGAAGCAGAAGGACCAUCUUCCAUGGAGUGAGAUCGUGAAGCAUUUUCCGGGGAGGACGAAGGGUUCCCUUCAGGUUCGGUAUAGCACCAAGCUUAAGGGUUUGAGCUGGCUUGAUGUGACUUCUGAAGAGGCGAAUGGCUUGGAUUCUAGAUUGCACGAAUCAGUAUGUAGCAGACGACAUUCAGGUUAUCAGCAGCGGUAUGGCCAGCCUCGGGCAUGACGUGCAGUGGAACGUUAUUCACCGGCGUAAUAUCUUCAUAAUAAUAAUCAGUUGGAG